AUAAAUCAUAUAAUCACGUCCGUCACACUUCAAUUUGUUACUUCACGUUCUGCUCUUCCGACAGUCUACGUUAGGUGCAACGACUUCGUCUAAUUCCAACAUCCAGGAACACCAACGUUCUAUGUAUUUUAAGAUGAAGGUGUUCAACUUCGUUUUGCUCAUGGCCAUCAUUGCCGCGUCUGUGUCGGCUGCCAAAGCGGAAUCCGAACAUGUUGGUGACGCGAAGCCCUUGCACAAAGAAAUCCGCGCCGAACAGCCAUCGGUUGUGCAGGAAGGACUUCAACAGAACAGAGAUAAUCCUACACGGGAGCUAUUCCCCAGACUCUGGGGGUAUGGAGGCUACGGUUACGGCUACCCCUACGCAGGGUACAGCUACGGCUACUACGGCUACCCAUAUGCAGGAUACACCUACUACGGCUACCCGUAUGGUGCAUACUAUGGCUACGGUGGGUAUUACUGGUAACUGUGCGAACAAAAAUUACAGUCACGAUCAAAUCUGUUGUCAUGCCUGGAACCACAGAUACCCUGUUGGAGCAGGCAGCUACUGAUGCAGAUUUCCAGAGUAUGGCUUCUGAGAGGAUGACGAUGGGGAUGGAAUUAGCUGAGGGAUCAGGGGAAAAGUGCUCCAAGUUCGUGUGGCCGCGCCAACCGAUGGGAAUUUUUAACGACGAAUAUGUGGUUCCAUGUUCGGGUAUAAUUUGAACCCGGUUCACGAAGAAACGUUUUUCUAAUCUAAAGUUGUUGUCGCAGUAAACGACGUGUAGGGUCUCCGCUGAAUUGACUGGCACUCUGCUUGGUCAAGAGCCCCUGUCUAGCCUAUACACAGCUAGGAACGAACGUUUGACAUGCGCUUCAUCAACCAAACAUGUAGACUAUCGCACAGUUAAAGGGCAGUGCUUUAAAAAA